AUGGAAGCGUGGGAGUCUAUAGAGGAGGAGGAGCAGUGGUCAUCUUCAAUCACGUCGGAGACAGAGAGCGGUGACAAUGAGUCUCACCAUCACCAACCUUUGGACACCCUCCAACACCUUCUGCCCAUUAAGAGCGGCAUAUCAAAGUUCUAUGAUGGCAAGUCCAAGUCCUUUACGAGUCUGGCGGAUGCUUCUUCUUACCAAUCUAUCAAAGACAUUGCAAAGCCAGAGAAUGCUUACAGCAGUAGGCGUAGAAAUUUGAUGGCCUUGAAGGAAAAGACUCGAGACUUCCCUUUAAGAAGCAACAAGGGUGCUAUUUCUAAGAGAAUAAUAAGCUCCACCCCAAGCACUGUGCCUCUUGCUUAUGCCAUCAAUUAUGACAGCACCAGUAGUUGUACAAGCGAGGAUUCAACUUCAAGCUCGAAUCCGAGGUCGCCCCUGCCAAGUGCAAGUGCCACUACUGCAACUAUAAAGAUGCCGAGCUCCUCCCUCGGCAAUGAAGCACCGCAUUCAUCAUCAUAG